CCUCGUCUUGUUCUGGAUGCAGAGUCAGUCAUGCCUGCUUUCACUUGUGAUGCUAUCCCCUUGUCACACCAGCGGGCGCACGGGAGCAGCUGUGGGCGACUGGCCAUGGCGGCUGCAACAUUUACUGCCCACCUGAAGCAUCACUUGGCCGCUUGCAGCAACAUCGGGCCUGCUGCAGCAGAUGGCGGCAGAAGCACUCUGCACCAGCACUCUGCCUGCAGCUCCCCUUGA